AUGGGCGCCAGUUAUUCCAAGCCAGAUCCCCGUAACUAUAAUAGCGAGGAAAAGCGCUCGCACCGAGAGUGGGUUGAAGAUGCCGAUAGUUGCUCUCUACCGCUCUAUACAAAGGAAUCAGCCCAGGCUCCACCGCCAUACCAUGUGCGCGAACGUGCUUCCUCUCUCUCCCUCCAUCACGUCCAAGACUGGAACGAGACCUUACUGGGAAACGCCAAGGCAAGUAUAGCAACCCGUGCAGCUCUCUCAUUCAACCGUCUUGCGAUAUCCAGCCUUGCCAGCCAGCCCUACACCGAAGUCCUCGCCAACCGCCCCGCUCUCCAAUCCGACCUCCACAUAUUCAAUAUCAAGGUUCCCAUUGAAGGUUCCCCGAUCACGAAUCAGCGAUCCUCCGGCCGAUGCUGGCUCUUCGCAUCGACCAACGUAUACCGCGUGCCGUUGAUGAAGGCGUACAACCUAAAGGACUUUGAGCUGAGCCAGGCGUAUCUCUUCUACUGGGACAAGCUGGAGGAGGCGAACUGGUUCUUCGAGCAGAUCAUCACCACAGCUGACGAGGAUCUAUCCGGUCGUCUGGUGCAGAAGCUUCUUGAAGACCCCGUCAGUGAUGGCGGCCAGUGGGAUAUGGUCGUCAAUCUGAUCGAGAAGUAUGGUCUCGUCCCGCAUGAUCUAUAUCCGGAUGCAUAUCAUGCGCAGAAUAGCUCCAAGAUGAAUUGGUUGCUCACGGCUAAGCUGCGUGAGCAGGCGCUUGUGCUGAGACGGCUGGUGCGGAGUGGUGAUGCCGCCGGAUUGGCGGAUGCUAAGGAGCGGUUCUUGAAAGAAAUCCACUCCAUGGUUACCCUUCUUUUGGGGCCGCCUCCUAGUCCUGAUGAGCGGUUCGUGUGGCAGUAUUAUGAUGCGGAAGGGAAGUCUAAAGAAAUUAGACUUACACCACGCGAAUUUGGACGUCAGGCAACGAGUCUGGGAGCUGUUAGGAAGGGCAGCGUCGCUCCUGCGCGCUUGUUCAGCUUAGUUAAUGAUCCGCGCAAUGAAUAUAACCGGUUGUUGACUGUGGAGAGGUUGGGAAAUGUGCUGGAAGGACGACCACUCACGUAUGUCAAUGUGGAGAUGAAGAUCCUCAAACAAGCCGUCAUCUCAAUGCUCAAAGCCGGUCACCCCGUCUUCUUUGGCUGCGACGUAGGUAAAUUCAGCAAUAGUACGCUGGGGAUCAUGGAUCUUGAUAUCAUUGACCUUACACUUGGAUUCAACAUCUCGCUGGGAAUGAGCAAGGCCCAGAGAUUGGUGAGCGGAGAGUCAGCAAUGACCCAUGCCAUGGUUAUUACAGGUGUGCAUAUUGAAGAUGGAAAGCCUGUGCGCUGGCGGGUCGAGAAUUCGUGGGGCGAAGCUGCUGGUGAUAAGGGCUGGUUUGUGAUGACGGAUCGCUGGAUGGAUGAAUAUACACUUCAGGCUGUGGUUGAUUCAGACUUCGUUUCGAGUGAAGUGCGCGCAAUUCUGGACCAAAGUCCGAAGGUCUUGCCCAGGUGGGAUCCGAUGGGUGUGUUGGCUUGA